AUGGUGAGCGGCUUGAAAAGGAAUUUAUUGGCGGUAGUAUCUGCUACUGUUGCUCUUCCAGAAGGUGCUGGUCACGUGUUUGGAAGGUUCUGUAACCUGAUUGCUUUUCAGAUUGUAUUGCGUCAUAGUCGUCAUCCUCCCAUAAUGCAGGAUAUCUCGUGGCCUUUGGCCAUUCCAUUCAAAGAGCAACGCUAUUACAGAAGUCCAAGUGAAUCAAUUGGCAAUAACUACACGCCGACAGCAAGCAACCUGAAGAUAAAAGAUUUGAAGCAUGCAUUCCGGGCAGACAAAACAACUACUGCAAUGCCAGCAUGUGCAAUGAGGAAUUAUCCUACAAAAGCAAAGCAGCCUGCUGUGAAGAGACGAAAACUUACAUUGAGAAGCAAGAUCACUGAUGAAAGGGUUUCAACAAGUCGGCCUGGAGCAUCAGGUCCUCCAGGAACCUCAGGCCCAACACCUUCACCAGCAAUGGACAUUUCUGGGAGCCGACCAAUGACACCAGUGGAACAAAUUAAUUUAAUCCUUGAGCAAGAGGAAGAGACUACUCAACUAGAAGGGAUCCCUACUGAUAGAGAUUAUGAGAGAUAUAUCUACUACAUUGACUAUGGCAUCUUGCCUGAUAUGAUUGAACCACAAAAGCCGGAACAGAUAGAUCGAAUAGAACAACUUUUGCCAAAGGAUCUUAAAGGUGUUCCUAAUUUGCAGGAGCUACACCUUGAAUUGCUUGAGGAGGUUCAUAAUGACUAUGACACCAGCCUUAGGAAAGCCAUUGUUAACUACAUCUUAAAAGAUCCUUCUGAACGGAUGCGACUCUUUGUCUCUUCUGUCCCUCGGCCUUUUCCUCACCGUGUGAUACGUGCUCCGGUACCUUGGCACAGGGCAUACCAUAAGGCUAAGACCUGGAAUGAAUCUCACCUCUUCAUUGUCAAUCCAAUGAUGACUUUACUUCAGGACUUCUGGUACACAAAGUUCAAUAAUAUCCGAUUUGUUCAACUAAAGGAAAUAAAUAAAGAAAAUCUUCCUAUGCUCCCUCAGGAGUUUGAAGAUCUUGUGAAGAAGCAGUGUGCAGAGACUCGGAACAUUCUCGAAAAUAUAUGGGUCCCAACCUGUGCUACCCUCUUCCUUACCCAUAAAGAGAAGUGGAUGCAUCUGGUGCCACAGAAUGAUUGCGAUUCUACUCAACGGGUUAAGGAAUUCUUUGCGUGUGCUGGCUCUAUCAUGUCUUUGCAACUGCGGGAGCUUGUUUUCAAUUCUUUGGAAGAUCUCCUGUCAUUUUUUACCGUACACAAGGAUGGAAAUGAUUUUGGAGAAGAAUACAAUGAGAUGCAAUACGUCUGGCCACAAAUCAUGAUUUUCAAACUGAAAAUAGAAGAACCUAAAAUUACAUUUGAUCCAACCCUUGAUGAGUGCUGGGAUCUAAUUAAUCGAUGCUUCUUGGAAAUUCUUAAAAGCGCUGAUGGAAUUCUUAAGGUGGAGUGUGAACUCUUUCCUGACAUUCGAGAAAAACAUCUCACCAUCCAAACCGUAAAAGAAGAAGAAUCCCUAGUCAGAGAGAUUAUCAACAAAGCACAGGAAAUCUUCAGAGCAAAUAUCACUGGGCCACAAAGCUACCUAAAUGUGUACAAAAUAUACAGUGAUCUUUUAAACAACAAAGCAGAGCAAGAAGUUACUACUUUCCUAUCGGAGAAGCAUUCAAUGGAGGCAUUCAUAACAAAAAUAGAGGCUUUACAGAAACUCUGCAAUGAAAUAGCCUUAAUGCACGUCACUGUGCCACUGGCUAUGUUUUGCCUGGACGCUGUCAGCCUGAAUGCAGACCUCUGCUCUCGGAGUAUGAAGUUGAAGGGAACUUUAAUUGAGUCUGUGGUGAAGGAAAAUCAUAAUCUCAACCUGAGUAUUUGCCAACGCUAUGAAGAGAUAUCUGAUCGGAUCAGUGAAAUCCCUGAGACCACAGAGGAGCUAGUGGAGCUGGACACAUUUGUGAAAAAAUCCAGUGAGGUCACUAUUACUAAACUGAAAGAAGAAAUCUUUGAAGCAGCUGACAGAUUGGAGUUUUUGCUGGACUAUGCCUCAUUAUCAGAUGACGACAUAAGGUUGAACAGUCAGGUCUUCAACUGGCCAGAACAAAUCGUAUUGAUGCUGGACUUGCAUCGGGAUCGGCUACUGAGCAAGAGAGAUGAUGUAGAAGAAGAUUUGAGGAACCGAAUAAAGGAAUUUAAAAAGAAAGUGGUGGCCUACGGCAAAGAAGUCGACAGCUUCAAGAAGAAAGAAAUUAUGACUCUUGAUGAAAUGAGGAAUAACGUGGAAAAACUCAGUGAAUUAACCAAAAAUCUGGACGCAGCCAUGGAUGAGGCAGAUGCUAUAAACAGAGAAGAGGAGCUUUUGGAACACAAGAUGACCCAGUUUCCUCAAUUACUAGUCACAGUCAGCCAGAAGCAGCCUUAUGAGCAGCUGUGGAACACAGCGUAUAAUUUCUACACUAAAUCAGAGAUGUGGAUGAAUGGACCCUUUCAAGGCCUAGACGCUGAGGAGAUUACUAAUGAUAUUUCAACAAUGUGGAGAACAAUAUAUAAACUGACAAAGACUUUCUCAGAUAUCACAGGACCGAAACGUGUAGCAGAAAGUGCUAAACUUAAAAUUGAGAAAUUUAAACCUCACCUACCAAUUAUAGCAAUCAUCUGUAAUCCUGGCAUCAAAGAUAGACAUUGGAAUGAGAUCAGCAAUAUUGUUGGAUUUGAUGUGAAACCACAAAAAGAUACCACCUUGCAGGAAAUGCUAGAAUUUGGACUUGCAAAUUACAGUGAGAAACUAGAAGAGAUCGGUGUCGCAGCCAGCAAAGAGUAUUCACUGGAGAAAGCUCUUGCAAAGAUGAAAUCAGAAUGGGUGGACUUAAUCUUCAACUUUUCAAAGUAUAGGGACACGAAUGUAAGCAUACUGUCCUCAGUGGAUGAUAUCCAGGUACUGCUGGAUGACCAUGUCAUUAAAACCCAGACAAUGCGUGGAUCUCCAUUUAUCAAGCCUAUUGAAGCUGAGUGUAAGAUCUGGGAGGAGAAGCUUAUCCUAAUGCAGAAUAUUCUAGAUGCCUGGUUAAAGUGUCAGGCCACGUGGUUGUACCUUGAGCCUAUCUUUAGCUCGGAGGAUAUUAUUGCUCAAAUGCCAGAAGAAGGUCGGAAAUUUGGUAUUGUAGACGGCUACUGGAAAGACAUUAUGUUGGAAGCUGUAAAAGAUACCCAUGUUUUGGUAGCAACAUCUCAGCCCAAUAUGCUGGAAAGACUUUUGGAGGCUAAUGUUCUCCUGGAGGACAUCCAGAAAGGACUUAAUUUAUAUCUGGAGAAGAAAAGACUCUACUUCCCAAGAUUCUUUUUCUUGUCCAAUGACGAACUGCUUGAGAUCCUCUCGGAAACCAAGGACCCGCUUCGAGUUCAGCCACACCUGAAGAAGUGCUUUGAAGGGAUCGCGAAACUUCAGUUCAGUGAUCAGCUCCAAAUCACAGGGAUGAUCAGCUCUGAAGAUGAAAUAGUUCCAUUCAUUAAAAUGAUUUACCCAGCAAAAGCAAAGGGUAUGGUGGAGAAAUGGCUUUUGCAAGUUGAAGAGCUGAUGCUUAGCAGCAUUAAGCAUGUCAUUAAAGAAGGAAUUUCCAACUAUGUUCAGCUUCCUCGUAACAAGUGGGUUCUUCAGUGGCCUGGACAGGUGGUGAUCUCAGUGUCGACAGUCUACUGGACCAGUGAGGUUUCUGAGGCAAUAAGAGAUGGAACCUUGCCAGAAUAUCUAAAGAAAAGCAAUGAACAAAUCAAUGAAAUUGUGGAGCUAGUGCGUGGAAAGCUAUCAAGUGGAGAGCGUAUGACUCUCGGUGCCCUUACUGUCAUCGAUGUGCAUGCACGUGAUGUGGUCUCUGAACUAGCAGAUGCUAAGGUAGCAAGCCUCAAUGAUUUUAUGUGGAUUUCACAGCUGAGAUACUACUGGGAAGAGAGUGAUGUUAUUGUCCGAAUGAUCACCACCGUUCUGACUUAUGGCUAUGAAUACCUGGGUAAUUCUGCAAGACUUGUCAUAACACCUCUCACUGAUCGAUGCUACAGGACGUUAAUGGGAGCCUUGAAAUUGAACCUUGGAGGAGCACCAGAGGGGCCUGCUGGUACUGGCAAAACAGAAACUACAAAGGAUUUAGCAAAAGCUGUAGCCAAGCAGUGCGUGGUCUUCAACUGUUCUGAUGGUCUGGACUAUAAAGCCAUGGGGAAAUUUUUCAAGGGUCUUGCUCAAGCUGGGGCUUGGGCUUGCUUUGAUGAGUUCAACAGAAUAGAGGUGGAAGUGCUUUCUGUAGUUGCACAACAGAUUCUCAGUAUCCAACAAGCAAUUAUACGUAAUCUCAAAACAUUUUACUUUGAGGGAACAGAGCUUUCUCUCAAUCCGACCUGCUCGGUCUUCAUUACCAUGAAUCCUGGGUAUGCAGGACGAGCUGAACUUCCUGACAACCUUAAGGCAUUGUUCCGUACAGUCGCUAUGAUGGUCCCAGACUAUGCCCUGAUUGGUGAAAUAUCUCUUUACUCAAUGGGCUUCAUUGAUUCGCGAAGUCUCUCCCAGAAGAUUGUAGCCACCUAUCGCUUGUGUUCUGAACAAUUAUCAUCACAGCAUCACUAUGACUAUGGGAUGCGUGCAGUGAAGUCGGUCCUCACAGCAGCUGGAAAUCUGAAGUUGAAUUUCCCGGAAGAAAAUGAAAGUGUUCUGCUAUUGCGAGCCUUGUUGGAUGUAAACUUGGCGAAAUUUUUGUCUCAGGAUGUGCCUCUAUUUCAGGGAAUUAUAUCUGAUUUGUUCCCUGGUGUUGAGCUCCCAGUCCCAGAGCGUGAGGUUUUCCUAAAUGCAUUAAAGGCCAACAUCAAGAAAAUGAAACUUCAGCCUGUUCCCUGGUUUAUUGAGAAGAUUAUUCAGAUUUAUGAGAUGAUGCUGGUACGUCAUGGAUUUAUGAUUGUUGGUGAUCCUUUGGGCGGUAAAACGUGCGCCUUCAAAGUGUUGGCAGGAGCACUUGGUGACCUGUAUGCAGCUCAACUGAUGAAUGAGUUUGCUGUAGAAUAUGCUAUAAUCAACCCGAAGGCUAUAACCAUGGGCCAGCUGUAUGGUUGCUUUGAUCCUGUAAGCCAUGAGUGGACAGACGGGAUCCUCGCUACAACCUUCCGUGCGCAUGCAACAUCUGCCACCAACACGAGGAAGUGGAUUGUAUUUGAUGGACCUGUUGAUGCUGUUUGGAUUGAAAAUAUGAACACAGUGUUGGAUGACAACAAGAAAUUGUGUUUGAUGAGCGGUGAAAUUAUUCAAAUGAGCUCCAAAAUGAAUUUAAUAUUUGAGCCAGCAGAUUUGGAACAGGCUUCCCCAGCGACUGUCAGCAGAUGUGGUAUGAUUUACCUGGAGCCCCAUCAGCUGGGCUGGACACCACUGAAAGAUUCUUACAUGGAUACCCUGCCAGUCACUGUCACCGCUGAGCACAAAGAACUGAUCAAUGACAUGUUCCACUGGCUCAUUCAGCCUUGUUUGGAUUUUACUCGGCUGCACUGCAAGUUCUUUGUGCAGACUUCUCCAAUGCACUUGGCCUACACUAUGAUGAGGCUUUAUUCUUGUCUAAUGGAUGAAAUAGCACAGUCAGGACAAGAGGACAACGAAGAAAUGUCAAGCCAGCAAAUCACCCUGUGGCUGCAAGGUCUAUUCCUCUUCGCCACUGUGUGGGCUGUAGGUGCCACUAUCAAUGGAGAAAGCCGCAAGAAAUUUGAUGUUUUCUUCCGCAAUUUGAUUUUGGGAAUGGAUGAUCAUAACCCCCGUCCAAAGAGUGUCAAACUUACAAAAAACAAUAUAUUCCCAGAGAGAGGAAGCAUCUAUGAUUAUUACUUCAAAAAGACAGGGAGUGGCCAGUGGACAGUGUGGACUGAUUACAUCUCAAAAGACCAAGACAUUCCUGCUGGUGCUAAGGUUUCAGAUCUUAUUAUUCCAACCAUGGAAACUGCCAGGCAGACCUUUUUCUUACACACUUAUAUCUCACACAAAAUCCCUUUGCUGUUGCUGGGACCCACCGGCACAGGUAAAUCUGCCAUCACAAACAGCUUCCUCAUGCAUCUGCCCAAAGAGCAAUACAUUCCCAACUGCAUCAGCCUUUCGGCCAGGUCAUCAGCCAAUCAAACACAAGACAUUAUCAUGUCUAAACUGGACAGGAGGAGGAAAGGAGUUUAUGGCCCACCGGUGGGAAAGGAGUCCAUUGUCUUUGUAGAUGAUCUUAAUAUGCCUGCAAAAGAAAUCUAUGGAGCCCAACCACCAAUUGAGCUCCUUCGACAGUGGAUAGAUCAUGGUCACUGGUAUGAUCGGAAAGAUACAUCAAAGCUGACCAUCAUAAAUGUAUUGUUUAUUUCGGCAAUGGGGCCUCCUGGUGGAGGGAGGAAUGACAUAACAGGCCGUUUCACUCGCCAUCUGAAUAUCAUCUCCAUCGAUUCAUUCGAUGACGAUACUAUGAUGAAGAUUUUCACUUCCAUUUCGGAUUGGCACUUUGCGAAAGGAUUUGAAAACACCUUUCUGCGGUUGGGUAAGAUGAUGGUACAGGCCACCAUGGCAGUUUAUAAAGCUGCAGUGGACAACUUCCUUCCAACCCCUUCCAAAUCUCAUUAUGUGUUCAAUCUGCGAGAUUUCUCUCGAGUGAUUAAAGGAGUGCUUUUGUGUCCAAAUACCCAUCUGAAAGAGGGAGAUAAAUUGAUUCGUCUCUGGAUUCAUGAAGUUUACAGGGUUUUUUAUGACAGAUUGAUUGCGGAUGAUGAUAGAAAGAUAUUUUUCCAAAUAAUUAAAGAAACCACCUCAAACUUCUUCAAACAGAGCGUUGAUAAGGUUUUGAGCCAUUUGACUCCAUCGGGGAAAGUUACUGAUGACAAUAUCCGCAGUCUAUUUUUUGGGGAUUAUCUAAAGCCAGAUUCCAGUGCAAAGGCUUAUGACGAAAUUGUAGACUUAAAACAACUUACAUCAGUCAUGGAAUAUUAUCUGUCAGAAUAUAACAAUGUCAGUAAAGCUCCAAUGGCCCUGGUUAUGUUCAGGUUUGCGAUAGAGCACAUCUCAAGAAUAUGCAGAGUGUUAAAGCAAGACAAUGGCCACUUGCUUCUGGUUGGUGUUGGCGGAAGUGGCAGACAGAGUGCAACAAAGCUGUCCACCUUCAUGAACGAAUUCAAUCUCUUCCAAAUUGAAAUCUCAAAGAACUACGGCAAGAGUGAAUGGAGAGAUGAUGUUAAACAGAUAAUGAUCAAGACUGGAGUUGAUGGCAAACAGACUGUCUUCAUGUUUAGUGAUAGUCAAAUUAAAGAUGAGUCGUUUGUGGAAGACAUCAACAUGUUGUUGAACACGGGAGAUGUACCCAAUAUCUUCCCGGCGGAUGAGAAAGCUGAACUCCUUGAAAAGAUGCAAAGUGUUGCCAGGACUGAUGGAAAGAGAAUUGAGGCCACUCCACUGUCAUUAUAUAAUUACUUCAUUGAAAAAGUAAAAGCUAAUUUACAUAUUGUUUUAGUCAUGAGUCCAAUUGGAGAUGCCUUUCGGAAUCGUCUGCGAAUGUUCCCAUCACUUAUAAAUUGCUGCACCAUUGAUUGGUUCAAGGUUUGGCCAAGUGACGCUUUAGAAAUGGUGGCACACAAAUUUUUGGAAGAUGUAGAAUUGGAAUAUGAAGUCAGGAAAGAAGUUGUUGGACUGUGUAAGUAUUUCCAAGAAAGUGCAAGAACUCUUUCAACUAAAUAUUUCUCAACAUUGCGAAGAUAUAACUAUGUGACACCUACUUCCUACCUGGAGUUAAUCCUGACCUUUAAGGUUCUGCUAAAUAAAAAGAGGCACGAAGUUGAUCUGAUGAGAAACCGUUAUCUUGUUGGUUUAGAGAAACUAGAGUUUGCAUCUUCACAAGUGUCUGUAAUGCAAAAGGAGCUAACAGACCUGCAGCCAGAGUUGAUUAAGACUUCUGCUGAAACUGACAAGAUGAUGAUAAAAAUCGAGGAGGAAACUGUUGAGGUUGAUGCUGCAAGAGAGUUGGUGGCAGCAGAUGAAGCUGUGGCCAAUGAAGCAGCAGCAGCUGCACAAGAAAUUAAGGAUGAAUGUGAAGGAGAUCUUGCGGAAGCCAUGCCCGCACUUGAAGCAGCUGUGUCUGCCCUGGAUACCUUGAAGCCUGCUGAUAUCACGGUUGUGAAGACAAUGCAAAAUCCACCGGGCCCCAUAAAGUUGGUGAUGGAAAGUAUCUGUGUGAUAAAAGGGAUCAAACCAGAACGAAAACCAGAUCCAACUGGAUCAGGUAAAAUGAUUGAGGAUUACUGGGGCCCAUCUAAGAAACUCCUUGGUGACCUUAAGUUCCUGGAAAGCCUGAAGACGUUUGACAAGGACAAUAUUCCACCUGCUAUCAUGAAGAGAAUCAGAGAGAGGUUUAUAGAUCAUCCAGACUUUCAACCGUCUGUCAUUAAAAAUGUGUCAUCUGCCUGUGAGGGCUUGUGUAAAUGGGUCAGGGCCAUGGAAGUGUACGAGCGUGUUAUCAAGGUGGUUGGCCCGAAACGUGAGCGACUGAGGAUAGCCGAAGAGGAGUUUGCUGUUCAGAUGGAGAUGCUGAAUGUGAAGCGGGGAGAGUUGAAGGCUUUGGAGGACAAGCUGCAGGCGUUGAAUGACGAUUUUGAAAUUAUGAAUAACAGAAAGAAGGAUUUAGAAGACAACAUAGAGCUCUGCUCACAAAAACUUGUACGUGCCGAAAAGCUGAUUGGUGGACUUGGCGGAGAAAAGGACAGGUGGACUGAAGCUGCCCGACUUUUAGGAAUUAAACACAAAGAUCUAACUGGUGACGUGCUUCUGUCAUCGGGCACUGUAGCCUAUUUAGGGGCCUUCACCGUGGAUUAUCGUCAUGAAUGCCAAAGUGAGUGGCAGAUCCUGUGCAAGGAGAGAUUAAUCCCUUGUUCAGAUGAAUUUUCCCUCAGUACCAUAUUAGGAGACCUUGUGAAAAUCCGUGCUUGGCAAAUUGCUGGGCUACCAGUUGAUGCUUUUUCUAUUGACAAUGGGAUAAUUAUAUCAAACUCAAGAAGAUGGCCCUUAAUGAUUGAUCCUCAAGGUCAAGCAAAUAAGUGGGUCAAAAAUAUGGAGAAAAACAACAGACUUGGAGUAAUAAAAUUAUCAGACACUAACUACGUUAGGACUUUGGAAAAUGCCAUCCAAUUUGGCCACCCACUGUUAUUGGAAAACAUUGGUGAAGAGCUGGAUCCCAUGCUUGAACCAGUGCUACUGAAGCAAACUUAUAAACAGCAGGGAGUCGAGGUCAUGAAGUUAGGGGAAAAUGUAAUUGAGUAUUCACAUGACUUUAAAUUCUAUAUUACCACUCGUUUGAGAAACCCACAUUAUCUCCCGGAAGUAGCAGUAAAGGUUUGUCUUUUAAACUUCAUGAUUACACCCCUGGGACUUGAAGACCAAUUGUUGGGCAUUGUAGCUGCCAAAGAAAAGCCUGAGUUAGAAGAAAAGAAGAAUCUGUUGAUAUUAGAGAGUGCAAAAAAUAAAAAGCAACUCAAGGAGAUUGAGGACAAGAUUCUCGAAGUCUUGUCAUCUUCUCAAGGAAAUAUCUUGGAAGACGAAACUGCCAUUAAAGUGCUAUCUUCUUCUAAACUGCUCUCGGAGGAAAUAUCUGAAAAACAACAAAUUGCAACCGCAACAGAGAGGGAAAUAGACAUCACACGGAUGGGUUACAAGCCUGUUGCUGUACAUUCAUCUAUUAUUUUCUUUUGCAUUUCAGAUUUAGCUCACAUUGAACCAAUGUAUCAGUACUCACUGACCUGGUUCAUUAACUUGUACAUGCAGUCAAUUGCAAACAGUAAGAAGAGUGAAAAUGUGGCGAAAAGAAUUUUAGCUAUAAUAGAGCAUUUCACACUUAGUAUCUAUAACAAUGUCUGCCGUUCUCUGUUCGAAAAGGACAAAUUACUUUUUUCACUGCUGCUUAACGUGGGGAUAAUGAAAGGUAAUGGAGAGAUUGACGAAGAACUGUGGCGUUUUCUGUUAACGGGAGGUGUGGCUCUUGACAAUCCAUUUCCCAAUCCAGCUUCUGAAUGGCUAUCAGAAAAAAGCUGGUCAGAGAUUGUCCGGACCUCUGGUCUGCCAACCCUGGAAGGUCUAAUGGAUCAUGUGAUUGAAAACAUAGACCAGUGGAAAACGAUUUAUGAUUCUGCCAGACCUCAUGAAGAAACACUUCCAGAUAACUGGAGUUCCUUAAAAGGAAUGGAUCAUUUGAUUGUUAUCAGAUGCUUCCGACCAGACAAAAUUAUUCCGGCAGUGCAGCAAUUCAUUGCAAAUACAAUGGGAAAAACAUUCAUCGAACCUCCAACAUUUGACCUUGGCGGCAGUUACAAUGACUCCCAUUGCUGUGCACCUUUGAUUUUCAUUCUUUCUCCUGGAGCUGAUCCCAUGGCAGGCUUGCUUAAGUUUGCAGAUGAUGUUGGCAUGGGUGGAGAAAACACACAAACAAUAUCACUCGGUCAAGGUCAGGGACCUAUCGCUGCACAAAUGAUUGAGAAUGGUCUUAUAAGUGGAUCUUGGGUCGUAUUACAGAACUGCCAUCUUGCAACCAGUUGGAUGCCCACAUUGGAGAAAAUCUGUGAGGAGGUGAUAAUACCAGAAAACACCCACAAGGAUUUCAGGCUGUGGCUCACCAGUUACCCAUCGGACAAGUUUCCUGUCAGUAUUCUUCAGAAUGGGGUGAAGAUGACAAAUGAGCCUCCAAAGGGACUCAGGGCAAAUAUGCUUCGUUCAUAUCUCAAUGAUCCAAUCUCAGAUGCUACUUUCUUCAAUAGCUGCGACAAACCUGAAAUCUGGGAAAAACUUCUAUUUGGGCUUUGCUUUUUCCAUGCUCUGGUACAAGAAAGGAGGAAUUUUGGUCCUUUAGGUUGGAAUAUCCCUUACGAAUUUAAUGAGUCUGAUCUGAGAAUAAGUACAAGACAGAUCCAGAUGUUUCUGAAUGAAUAUGAGGAGGUACCACUGGAAGCUUUAACAUACUUAACAGGUGAAUGUAACUAUGGUGGUAGAGUUACAGAUGACAAAGACAGGCGUUUGCUUUUGUCUCUCUUAUCCAUUAUAUACAACAAGGACAUAAUAUACCAAGACAAAUAUAAGCUUGCACCUGGUGAGAUUUACUAUGUCCCACCACAUGGUCCUUAUCAGUCAUAUAUUGACUACUUACGAACUCUACCAGCUGUGGCUCAUCCAGAGGUCUUUGGACUUCAUGAAAAUGCUGAUAUUACAAAGGAUAACCAGGAGACUAAUCAGCUUUUUGAUGGGGUGUUGCUAACUCUUCCCAGACAGAGUGGCGGUGCUGGUAAAUCACCUCAGGAGGUUGUUGAAGACUUGGCUGCAGACAUCAUGUCCAAACUACCUGAUGACUUUAAUUUGGAAGACGUGAUGGUAAAAUAUCCGGUAGUGUACGAGGAGUCGAUGAAUACAGUCCUCAGACAAGAACUUAUCAGAUUCAACAGACUCACUCAAGUUGUACGCAGCAGUCUCAUAAACAUACGGAAGGCCAUUAAGGGACUUGUGGUAAUGUCUGCUGAACUCGAGAAUGUGUUUGAUAGCAUGCUGGUGGGAAAAGUUCCAUCCAUGUGGGCAGCCAAAUCCUACCCGUCUCUGAAACCCCUUGGCAGUUAUGUGGCAGAUCUUCUUGUGAGGUUACAUUUUUUCCAGGAAUGGAUUAAUAAAGGACCACCCAAUGUAUUUUGGUUAUCUGGAUUCUAUUUUACUCAAUCUUUUUUGACUGGUGUCUCUCAGAAUUAUGCAAGAAAAUAUACCAUACCCAUUGAUCACAUUGGGUUUGAAUUUGAGGUCAUGAAAGAAGAAAAUGACAUGCACAAAAAGCCAAAAGAUGGCGCUUAUGUUAAGGGUCUGUUUUUGGAAGGUGCUCGCUGGGAUAGAGAAAAUAUGGUCAUUGGGGAGUCAUUACCUAAAAUUUUAUUUGAUUCUAUGCCCAUUAUCUGGCUUAAACCAGGAGUGAGUGCAACAUUUCUGCAUCAGAAUGUCUAUUUCUGUCCAGUGUACAAAACUAGUGCACGCAGAGGUACCUUAUCCACAACUGGCCAUUCAACAAAUUAUGUACUUUCAAUAGAGCUUUCUUCAGAUAAAGCAGAACAGCAUUGGAUAAAUCGUGGUGUGGCAGCUCUUUGCCAGUUGGAUGAUUAAAAGGAGAAUUGAUCAGGUAUAUUCACCUUGAAAACUGGAAAGUAGAAGUAAAUAUUAUGUC